UAUGGAAGCAGAUCCUUUUAUUAAGAUCAUUGUUGUGGGUGAGUAAGGAGUUGGCAAGACUUGCUUGCUGAAUUAAUAUUGUUAUGAGCGAUUUGAAGCUAAUAGUCCUCCAACGAUAGGAUGUGAUUUUACGACUAAGGUGACUUAGACAAAUGGAUAGACUGUUCGAUUAUAAUUGUGGGACAUUGCUGGUUAAGAAAAAUAUAAUGCUGUAAGUAAAUUGUAUGUAAGAGGAGCAUUGGGUAUUUAAAUAAAUAAAAGUAGGUUGUUUAAUAGUUUGUGACAUUAAGGAUCCUAAUUCAUUAGAGGAAACUUUAAAAUGGAAAAGCAUCAUUGAAGAAAAUAGUGAUUAAAAUAAUAUUCCAAUAAUGUUGGUUUAGAAUAAGUGCGACUUAGUGAGUGAUGAUGAAAAGACUGCUUAUUAUCAAACUUUAUAAGGUUUUGCAAAAACAAAUAAAUUUUUCUCUUGUAUUCAAACUAGUGCAAAAGAAGGCACAGGAUUAAAGGUAAAGUAAUGAAAUAGAUUUAUAGUAACUAUUCACAGAAUUAAUUUAAGAAAUAAUUGAUAAAGGAUUACUUGUGAAUCAAUAGAAGAAUUUUAAAUAAAGUACAAAUGUACAAUUAAAUUCUGUUCAAAGUUAAUAGAACCAAUAACAGAAAAAAGAUAAGUCUUGCUGUUGA